AUGAAAGAAAGAGUAAAUCCAAUAUCGGUGCCGUAUGGCUCAAGAUGCUGUGCUGUUCCGACCCUCAAGAAAACUCUGCUGUGCGGUGAGAUCGUAAAGCCCCUGAAUAUUUAUGAUUCAGAGGGUUCCGACGAGGGGUGUCUGCGGGCGUCGGAUCCGGUAGGGUCGGGACUCCGAGCGGCGGGGAUCGGUGGAAACGAGGCAACGCGGGCGAAGCACGGGGUCACGGCGGGAGACCUCGAGCGCGGGCGAGAGGCGAAGGCGUCGUCGGGCGGCACGGCGAGACCGGCGGGCGGCGUCGCGGGCGGAGCAGGGGCUUCGACGCGUUUCGGCGAGGCAACGUCGGAUCCGGGCCGGCUGCUGUGGGCGAGGUGCGGCUGCGAGAGGUGUAGUGGCCCCGGUGCGGCGGUGGCUUCGAGCGGCGACGGGGACGCGGGGCGGCUUCGCGGUGGCGGUGCGGCACAACGACUCGGAUCUAUUCGCGUCGGGGUACUACCGCACGGCGAUGGCUUCGUCGAGAUCGUGGAGCAACGGUGCGAGGAGACUCGGAGCGGUGAUGGCUGGGCGCGGGCGUCGCGGAUCGUGGCUACCACGGGGACCUCGGAUCUGCGGGCGCGGUGGUCUUCGGGCGAGGCGGAACGCGGCGAGACCGAGGGAGCGGUGGCAGCGUCGGGGAAAGGCAGCGGCGUCGUGAGCGGUGCUGGGUCGCGGCUUCACGAGGGGAAGGUAGUUGGGCGUCGGGGCACGGACUCCUGUGGAUCGUCGCCCGGUGGCACAAAUCAGCGAGGCUGCGGAGGCGAACCGGUGGCGGAGGAUCGGGUCGCGGCCGCUGUCGCGAUGGAGCAGGGGAGGCUCAGAAAAAAUAAAGCUGGUGGGUCCGGCGAGGGAAGUCUCCAGCUAAGGUUCCGGCGAGGGGUGUCUGCGGGCGCCGGAUCUGGUGGGGUCGGGACUCCGAGCGGCGGGGAUCGGUGGAAACGAGGCAACGCGGGCGAAGCACGGGGUCACGGGCGGGGAGACCUCGGCGCGGGCGAGGCGAAGGUGGCGUCGGGCGGCGUCGGGCGGCACGGAGACCGGGCGGCGGCGUCGCGGGCGGAGCGGGGGCUUCGACGCGUUUCGGCGAGGCAACGUCGGAUCCGGGCCGGCUACGUGGGCAAGGGUGCGGCUGCGAGAGGUGUAGUGGACGGGUGCAGCGGCGGCUUCGAGCGGCGAGGGGACGCCGGGCGGCUUCGCAGGUGGCGGUGCGGCACGGCGACUCCCGGAUCUAUUCGCGUCGGGGUACUACCGCACGGCGGUGGCUUCGUCGGAUCGUGGAGCAACGGUGCGAGGAGACUUGGAGCGGUGAUGGUGGGCGCGGGCAUUGCGGAUCGUGGCUACCGUAGGGACCUCGGAUCUGCGGGCGCGGUGGUCUUCGGGCGAGGCGGAACGCGGCGAGACCAAAGGAGCGGCGGCGCGGUCGGGGAAAGGCAGCGGCGUCGUGAGCGGCGCCGGGUCGCGGCUUCACGAGGGGAAGGUAGGCUGGGCAUCGGGGCACGGACUCCUAUGGAUCGUCGCUUUGGUGGCACAAAUUAG